AUGGGGGAGCGAAAGAGCAAGGAGCCGUGCAAGAAGGAGGCAUGCGAUAUCCAAGCGUGUCUUACGAAGAACAAUUUUAUGCCCCAGAGGUAGGUUCAUUCUCGUGUCUCUUCUUUAACUUUUGUUUCCCUUCCCUUCAUCUCACCUGGAUCUGUUUCACCACUCUACUGAAAUGUUUCGUGCGAUAUUAUGAAAUUUUAUCGGAGCUUUCUUUCCAAUUUAUUUAUUUAUUUAUUUAUUUUUUCGGAUGAUGCGAAUUGGAUGUCAUUUUUGUAUACAUUGGUAGGAAAUAGUGGAGCUUGGUGAUCGGUCCAGUCUUGGAUAGAUUUAAAUGUCUGGGCAGAGGCGAUCCCGUGUGCUUUUACUCUGCCGUGGGUAAUGAGUCAAUAGAAAAAAUUAUUUGAAGCUUAAUCUUUCAGUUAAGUUCUAAGUUUACCUAGGGUAAGAAAGCCAUAUUAGGGUUCUAUAGUGGUGGCCAAUUAAAAACCCUUUCAUCGUUGUAGUCUGCUUAACUUCUCUCUUGAUAUUCAGGUCAUGUAUUCUACUCUGCUCAAUUCCUUACCUAAAAACUGGGUCCUCCUGCCUGGUUACCUACACAAUUCCACAGUUCCAUGUGCCUGUUGUAAUUUUUCCUCAAUAUAUCAUCCCCUCGGCUUCCACUAUCAAUUUAUAUUGAUCACUUGAUUCCUACGUAUAUACUGAUACUAUAUAUAGUGAUCAUUAUAUAUAGUGCUAGUAACCCUACGUCUUAGGUAAAUUGCACUGAUAUUUUACUCUCUCAGGUUUAAGUCUGUUUGAUCAGUCUGCUAGUUAGACACCUAACAUCUGAAAUUUAUAUUUAUUUGACGCAAAUUUCAUCAACAUUAUGCAUAUUAUUUUCUCCAUCGAGGAUAAACUUAUCAGUGCAUGCCCGGUAAUGCACUAUAACGGGUUAACAUAAACAUCCCGUUAGUCUGACCAAAAAAUCAAGCUCUUAUCCGUCCCAAACAUUGAGCACGGUUUUCAACUUUCCUUGCUGCUCGGUAUAUAAUUAUAAACGGUUUCAUCUAAAUAGCCAAUGCAUCCCAAUAAUCUUACCUCAGAUAUAAUAUUAGGGCAGAAAGAUAACCAGUUCCUCCAAUGGAAAAGUAAAGCUAAAACUAAAAUGCGAUUGAAAUUCUUGCAUCUGUGUUGAAGUUGUAUUUGUGAUCAGUCGGCUAGUUGUUACCAAAACAUCAGAUUACACAGCUAAGAAAAAAGAAUUAUCCAUAGAAAUAAUGUAAUCUUCUGGACAUUAAAUGCUCCUAGAGGGAGCUAUGGCGAUUUUUUUUUCUCAAAAAGGGCCAACAAAUUAUAAUACCAUUUCAGCUAUAAAUGAAUGGAUUCAGUUUUAUUUUUGCUUCCAGAGAGAGGCAGUACUUCAUGCUUAUUGCACUCUAAGCAGUAUAUCCGCUUGCCAGUGAUUGAACGUUUCUUUUACAGUGAUUACCCGCCUAUUUAAAAACCUAAUAGUCACCCAAAUCAGACAAUGACCCCGAUCAUGUUUUUGGCAAUAAAUUAUGAGUGUGCAAAUUUCGACAACCAGUUGACUGAUCUUCGACGCAUGAUUAUAUUUUGUGCGAUUUUAUGACUCGAACAUUUUGAUGGCAACCGAGCAGUUCAUGGGUUCAUCUACUUUCAGACUUCGUGUAGGCAGAUAUCAAUGCUUUCAUUAACUGCCAAAAGAGUAGUCAAGGAAGCGACGUAUGCAAGUCUCUCUUAGCUCUUGAACAAAGAGUAGUAUGGCAGUGUGCCAGUUCUGUAGCAGCUGAAUGGACCGCAGGGCACCAUCGAUGUUAGGCUGCUACGAAACUAUUCAGCAAAAAAUAGACAUGAAUGUUCUUCAACAAAGGUAGGUUAAAUUUAAGCUGCUCCCCUUUCAUGUAAGGAGAAAUUGGGUCUCACUCGAAUUAUCGUCUGUUGUUGCCUGUUUUCUUACGCCCCCUUUAAAAGCAUUCCUACUGUGCUGAACCAUUUUAGGAUAUGGUGCUCAUGAUGGUCGCAAAAUGGCAAAGGGGAGAUAGAGAGGGUUGCAUGACAAAAUGGCAUGAUAAUCACCAAGAUGGAGAUCAAAGAGGCCAGAGAAGAGAAGAUAGUGUGUGAAAUCCAAGAGGGAUGAGGGUCUGUAGUGGGACAUGCGUGAAAAAAGAGAAUGGGCAGACGAAGAUGUCUUAUAUAUUCUAGUUUCCGAUUCCUAACCGCGAGAAAUACUACUUACAUGGCAGUCAACAACUUCUUCGAAUCCUCCGUUUACAGUAUUCUUGAAUGAUUUUGCUCAGUGAUUGCUGGAUGAAUCCGCCUGGUGUUUUGUCUUCCCCCUUCCUCCUUUCUCAGUGAUUUGCUGAUAGUUUGAAGCUCAGCCUAUCACGGUCAGUGAUGGGUAGAAAGAAACCUGUGAUGAGGCUAUAAUCUAUGCGUGCUUAAGAUCGUCCAAAGAUUUUCUUCAGCUGAAGAACAUGAAUUUUUUUUAUUCGCUUUUCAUAUGAUGUCCGCUCUAUUUAUUUCCGGAACUUUGGUUGCAGGUGCCUAAGAGUCAUCGAACUGUUGCAAUCGUGCUGUGAGAGAUGCAAGUACAACUCCACCCACUGCGGCUCUCUUUCAGGACUUCUGGAAAUGAGCGCAAAGUGA